AUGUUUUUUGUCAAUGAUAUCGCUUGCCGUGCGCAGGAAUCGCUUGUGAAUCGAACUCUGGGUACCUUGGAGACGCUUACAAUGUUAAGGCUUGAAAGUUGACAUCUCUAUGAGCAUCUCUAUGGUUUCUCCAAGUAGGAAAGCCAUAGAUAUGCGGGCUAGAGAUGCCAACUUUCAACCCCUAACAAUGGUUUUAGUCCUCUCAGUUUUUUUUUGCAAAAAGCAGAACCAAAUGGACCGAAAUCGCAGUUUACCGCGAUGACAUGAUUGUGUUGUGGACUUUUGAGAAUCACAAAAAUUCUUCAUCAAGUGUAUCUGUCUGAUUUGAGUUAAAGAACCAGUGUGAAAAGAC